AUGCAGAAUGGAAGGAAGGUAUUCGGAGAAAGUUAUCCCAAUAGGAUGGUGCAUCUGCCCAGUCAAAUAUCAGACAAGAAGCACCCGAAAUUUGAAAAGAAGAAAGAUCAACACAAGUCACACAGAACAAGCGACUUGCAGGUGACCGUUCUUUCCGAGGUAACGGGGAUUGCAGCAAACCCAGCAUUCGUGACUAUAGAUGAAACUGUGUGGCAGGAUUUGGCGGAUUGCACAUCAUCAGUUCUACAUCAUGAAGCUUCAAUUGAACCCAUUCAGCAGAGCCAAUCCCUGCACGAAACACCUGAUUUUGACCUGCAGGAUUUCGAAGAUGUUGAUAUUCUCAUGUGUGACCCCACCUAUUUGAUGCACCCCCUGCCCCUGGCCGUGUCGGAGCUGCCGCUCUCUGACUGCUGUGUGGCUGAUUUUGAAGCCUGUAUUUCUACCUCAAUCCCUGACACCGACGACCCUCUGAUGCAGAUGAAUCUGCAGACGGACCACACGCAGCCGCCAGAGCAGUUCUGGAAAGAUGUGGCAGAAGAAAAUCAGAAAGCACUGGGGGACGCGCUGGAAGAAAAUGAACAAUUGCACGUCACUUUAGAAAGAAAACAAUAUGAAAUUGUGUCUCUGAAGGAAAGAAAUAUCCAGCUGAAGGAACUUGCCAGCAAAGCUAAACAUCUGGCAUCUAUACUUGAUAAAGUAAUGAAGCAGGAAAGUCAAGCUCCCAGUGAAGUUCUGCCUGAGACCUUUCCCCUGAGAUCUCCAACUAAACGCCAAAGGUUUGACGACCCUUACUUUGGUAACCAGGACUGUGAAAACGUGGAUGAGAUUUUAAGAGAUAUCUCAGAAAAAUGCAACGCAGCUUUGCAGACAUUUAAUGGUACAGACUAUGAACAUUUCAAGGCAACUGUUAACUCAGGAGAAACUAGUUACAAUGAAAGCAAGGAGACCAUCAACAUGUAUGGGAGUUUCAGUGGAUUACAAACAUCCACAGCCUGCAGCACUGUAAACUUGAGCAACAGUGACCUGGACAGUGACACAUCUUUUAAAACUUCAAUUCGUGACCAUUGCACAAUAAGAACAUUAGCAUUUCCUCAAGGCAAUGCAUUCACCACCAGGACACAUAAUGGUGGUUUCAAAUUCCGAUGGAGUCCCAGCUGAAAUGAGGAUGAUCAGCUAACUACACUGACCAGUGGGAUCUAAUUGAUUUAACAUUAUUAAUUGCUGCACAUCAGCAAGCUCUCUAUGCAACUAUUUUGCACUGCCAGCACUUAAAAAUGACUAAAUUAUCCCCAAGUAGAGUUUAUGUUCAGUUUCAAAUAAUAUUACAAUGUUUUGGGAUGUAUUGUAAAAAUAUAAUGUAACAAAUAUACAUUUUAAGUUUUUUUUUAU